AAUAUAUUGGAUUAGAUGUCAAUUUCACAAAACAAUCUAAAAAAAAGCGCUGUAAAAAUAAAUUUCAAAGAUUGUUCAACGUCUGCUAUACGCCCGAAUCUGUCAACAAACAUUUCGCCGAUUCAGCUGAAAAUACUGAAAGGAAUGCAGCCGCGCACGCUGAUCGUGUUUACACUAAAAUAUUGCCCCAAGGAAUGUAAAUUUCAGGCGCAGGUCCCACUCAAUUCGAAUUCAGCGUUAAAAAGUUCAGGUGAACGCGGAAUCCCGUGAGUCAGUUGCCGACCGUCGAGUUUUAAGUUUGCGGCGCGUUUGCUGAAAUUUUGCGGACGCACUGCGAGUUUUUCUUUGUAACGGAGACCCUGAACACUCAGUAUACAGGCAAAUCGUAAAGGAUGGAAGUAGAGAGAAUUGUGAGCUCUUCCUUUCCUGAUUACAAGGAAAACACCGUUCAAGAAAUUUUCAACCAUAGCUUGCACAACGAAUUCCAUGAAAGUGCAAAGGCUCUGUUAGCAAGGCUCCAGCCGUCGGCAACCACUGGCAACAUUUCCCCGCUCACGGAAAGCCUGGUGUUAACUUCGGCUUCGAACGUCAUUCCUCACAUUUUAAAAAGUUUGAAUAUUACGUGUCUGAUUACCGUGGCCCCUGAAUUGCCCGACACCCCGUACAGCGACGAGGUGUUGUAUCACAAGAUAGACGUGGUGGAUUUGCCAAGCUCGAAUAUUUUACCACAUCUCGACGAAGCGGCCGAUCUCGUCCACCAGGUAGCUAUCUCAGGCGGACGGACCUUGGUGUAUUGCGUUGCAGGUGUCAGCAGAUCUGCCAGCGUUUGCAUCGCAUACAUGAUGAAAUACCACCGGAUGUCAUUGUUGGAGGCAUACACCUACGUCAAACGCGUUAGACCUAGAAUAAGACCAAAUUGCGGAUUCUUCAAACAACUCAUCGAAUACGAAAGAAGGCUGUACGAGGUGAGUACGGUCAAAAUGGUCUUUAACGAAUUCGUUCGGAUGGAAAUACCAGACGUCUACGACAGUCAAUACCCAUACGUCAGGAAAUACGACAAAAAUAAGAACAAGGACAGACAUUGAAUUGCGGGUAUAAUGGUAGAAGACGAUUGUGAUGUCGGAUGAUUGUGCUUAAAUAAUAAGACACGUAACUAUAUGUUCAAAGUAACUGAUCAUAUUGAUCGAACAGAUUAAGACUAAUACUAAUUCAUUUUUAAGUUUUAUACGCCCUGAAAAUUUGUUCCUGUUUUUUUGGGAAGUGUGGGACCAAAAUGUGUGCUUCAAAGUAAUUUGUAAAUAAAAAAGUAAAU